AUGGUCCAGACACGAGCCCAGACUGCCGCUGCUGCGGUGGCUACAGCAUACAUGAGCGAGCAAUUCCUUGCCCAGACCCAGGCUCUUGCUGCUGAGCACGUAGCCCUACAGCAGCAGAGCCAAGUACUUGAUCACGCCCACAAUGUGGCCUUGAUGGCUAUGCAGGCCUCGACACAGUCCAGUGUCAGGCAGCUCACUGAUCGACAGCGUGCUAUUGUCGAAGAACUAGGCGAAGCGCUGACAGCAACUCAAUCCCGUCUUCAAGACCAACUUCAGCAUCUGCAAAUGCUCCAAGAUGAGCAUGGUGGACAGAUUGAGCGAUUUGUGAGCGACAGUCUCGCUCAUGCACUGGAAGAAGCACAGCGCAAAGCACAGAUAGCAGCUUCGGCUCAUUUGGAAGGAGUUCGACAGAAGCUGCUGGAGAUGGAGGCAAAAAUUGACGGUGGCUUGGAGAACAUAUCACAGCACGUUCAACAACUUGUCGAAGACUCACUUGCAGCUUCUCAACUACAGAGAGCGUGUGGCGCUGUACGACAAGAUUUGCUAACACGAGUCAGCUGCGCUGAAGAGCCUCUCCCCGAGUCAAUUCGCAGUCUUGUCUUGGAUAUCACGACCAAUGCAGAGCGUCUCGUAGAGGGCAGGGUGCUGAAGCCUCUGACAAACGCUCAGCCAGAAUUGAACCUGCAUGUUCAGCGUCAAGCUAACCCAACGACGCCACUGCGCGAGCAAAUUCGUAAACUUUAUGUCCAGGUCAAACGACAAGCUCAGAAAAGCGAUAGUGCCACCCUAGAGACUACAGUUGCCGAUCAGGUCCGACACGAAGUGGAAGAGCGCUUCCGCGGGGUACAAAUAAAUGCGCAACGCGAAUCUGAUGCCAAUAUUAAGUUUCGACAGGAGGUGCAGACCCAGAUACGAGAUUAUCACAGUAGUAUUAAUCGCAGUGUUCAGGCAGCUGUUGGGAAAAAGAUGCAAGGCUAUCAGAGACGAAGUACGCGUUGGGACGCAGGAAACAGAAGAACUGAUAAGGGACGGAUUAAGACCAAACAGAUCUACGGAAGUGACGAACUUAACGACGGUGAAGAUGAAGAUGAACCAGCCGCUGACAAAGAUCCUGCACGAGAGAACAGGAUGCAAGAAACUAGGGGAAGAUCGUAUUUGUCAACAACGUCUAUUAUCUUGUUAAAUUCACCCGUCACGAACACCACCAGCGUGUUCUGUGCUCUGAACGAUGAGAAAGCGUUACCGUUGCUGGUGGAGAGAAGCUCACUGAACUUGACGGAGAAAGAGACAAAGGAUGCAGAGGUGGAAAUCCCACUGCUGCGCCAACAUCUUUGCCAGGCGUCUCCGACCUCAGUGUCGCAGCAAAGAACUCAACCCCAACAUCUUCGACGCCGCUCGCAGCAUCCUUCACAGACUCGUACCCAACGUGUUGAUCUCCGAGUGGUGAUGUCCGAGAUCCAGCUUCAAGUACAGGAGAGAGCUGAGCAGGCUGCCCAACGGUACCUGCUAAAGCAAUAUCGUGCAGGUUGA